GAGUCGGUUAGUCAAUGACUCAACAACUGAUCGCCCCCCGUUUUUCUUUUUGACACUGCCACCAGUUACCACAAGAUAUAAAGUCCCAAUUCUUCAAAUCUUUUUUUGGCAAAGGCCAGAGUGAUACUAUAUUAUGUAUGACAGCGCCUGAAUCUGAGUCUUUGGUGGAGUCUAUCAUGGACCACUACACCACUAUUACCAAACCUCAGACCCUUUACACCAAGAAUCGCCUAAACGACAGUGACGACGAUGAAGAAGAGGAGGAGUGUGACGUGGAGGUCUGGGAGAUGCUGAGCAAGAGCUUUAUUCAAGUACAGUCCGUACUGGAUCAGAACCGUGUGUUGAUCAAUCAGGUGAACGAGAACCACCAGUCCAAGAUCGCUGACAAUCUCGCCAAAAACGUUGCCCUAAUCCGCGAGAUCAAUACCAACAUCUCCAAAGUUCUCUCCAUUUACUCCGACUUGUCCCUCAAUUUCUCCACCAUCGUUCACCAGCGUCGCGCCGCCAUGAUCAAUUGCAAGAGGAGCGUCGACGACAAAGCCUGAACAUGAUUGCUCGUGAAUUCAGUAAAUUCAAUUACCUUUAGCUUUGGUUUUUGGAUCAAAGUUGUGUUUGGUUCUUAUUUGGUCUUUAAGUGUUUGCUUUAAUGUGUCAGUGAGUGUGUAAUUGUGGGAAAUCAAAUAAUUUGAUAUGUUUUCAAAGUUUGGGAUUGUUGUUGUGGUGGGAAAAAUAAAUAAAUAAACUGUGGUUAAUAAUGGGCGUUUGUUAUGUAUGUUGUAAGGAACAAGGCUGCGGGAAUGCUUAUCUACAUUCAUCCUUACCCGCAGAUGAAUUGAGAUUUAUCAAGGAGAUUUUUGGGGGGAUGGUAACAGCCAUGAACUGUUUGUACUCAUGGUUGAUGGUGAGUGGAGGUGGAUGGUGGAGCUGGUGAAGACAAAGGAAGCUGGCAAUGGAUGGUUCUGCAGGCAGAUGAAUCUAGAACUACAGAUGCUGAAUGUGACAAUUUAUUUGGGUUGGGGUUGUUGGAAUUUUCAGUUAUGAUUAUGUUAUGGAGCAUUAAGUUUCUUGGUUUUCAUUGUAACACAUUCACUCAUUGUUUCAUUUUUUCCUGGUUAUGGAUGGGAGAAGUGGGUUGUAGUGGAAAGAUCAGUUUUAAGUACAUUUUAGGGAGGUAAAAUUGAAGAUGGAUAGUGAGUUUUAUAUUUCCUGAGAAUGUGGAUGCUCAUCGUGGAUUCGUGGUUGAGGGCAGUGGUUGCAGCUCUCAAUUUGGUCGAACUGGUGGAAAUCAUGUGGUGAGUUUGUUUCACUUGUAAUGAAGCAAAAUGGGACUCGUCCAAAGCAAUCCCUACAAAUUAGAGGAUGAGGGAAAUGUUUGGUUAUUGUUUUACGGUUUCAAAGCAGAAUAUAUAUGUGGGGGGUUUUUGGUGUAAUAUUCUUACAGUGUUGUGUAUUUUCUUCUCAAUGUACAAGGUCUCGUGUAAGAGGAUAAACAAAUCGGUCUGUGUUUAUAGCCCACCUUCAUUCUUCUUGUGGAAUAUUCCUUUUUCCUGGUCUUAAAUUUGUAUUUUCAUCAUUCAGUUGAAGAUUGUAGUGUCAUCUUGUGGACAUACUUUAAUCCCAGAGCUUCAGUGUGCUCUGGGUCUCUGACAACGACAUUUAAACCUAUCUAGAUGGCUAUAGGUUCCUUUAAGUUAUUACUUAUAUGUAUAAAAGACUUCAAGAGUUCCAC